AACAAGUGUUUGCUGCUCUGUAUCUCUUCACUUCUAACCUGAUAUCCAACAUUCAUCAAAGUCACUAGUCACUACUAGCUCUUCCACAGCUUCUUCUUCUCUCAAUUUCUUCGUAGAUAAAAUUUUGUUCGAGUGGUAACUAAGAUUUACAAACAUGUCUACAGCAACUUUGGUAGAAAUCAUCUUGGCAAUUAUCCUUCCUCCUCUUGGAGUUUUUCUCAGAUUUGGUUGUCAGGUGGAAUUCUGGAUCUGCCUGGUUCUUACAUUCCUCGGAUACAUUCCUGGCAUCAUCUAUGCUAUCUUUGUUCUCACGAAAUGAUGAUGAUGCUUCCCUCCGACACCGUCCAGUUGAUUUGAUUAGUUUUUCGGAUGCAGCUCUGCAAAAAGAAUAAAAAAAGAAAAUUAUCUGUGAAUUAGUACUUAUUAAUUAUUGUUCCCGGUGAUCAUAUAUCCAUUUGGUCUUUGUACCUGCGUGUACGUGUGAUGACUCUUUGUGUGUUAGUUAAUCAGGUGUUCAAUUUCUUUGUAAUUAUAAGAAGGGAUGUUCAUGUUUGUUCCCCAUAUUGGGUUUCUAAUUUCAAUAAACAGACUUCUAAAUUAUUUCACCUGUCCA